AUCGAUGAUGGUGAAAGGUGUCAGCUGAUCAACAAACAUGACACUUUGAUUUUGAAUUACUAGGAAAAAGAAACGAUAAUUGUGUGUGUGGAGUAGCUACGAGUUUUGAGUUAAUGAAGGACUAUAAGUAUUAUAAUUUCAAUGAAAAAAUUAUUAUAAUUUUGCAUUGUUUUAAAAUAAAAAUUCAGUCCCGGGGAAUGUCAUUUUUAAAACAAAUGUCUUCUAGAUUUUUUGAGGUAGAAAGUUAAUAAGAGCUUUGGUUUUCCAGAACAGUAUAAUAAGAGGGAAAUUAAGAACAAAAUUAAAAUUUCGGAACAAAGUGUAUACGGUAAUAGUUUUUUUUGAGCUUUCCUAUCGUUAUUGAAAUUCUUUGUUUGUGUAUUCUUUGAUUCCUAAAUUCAAAAAAAAACGUUGUCUUAAUUUUUUUUUUCAAUUGUAAUGCUUUCCGGAAAUUAAGACAAAAGUAAAAAAAAAACAAGAAAAAACGGAAACCAUACAGUUACUGUAUAUAGAGGGUUUUUCUGAUAUUUUGCUAAAUUGGAGAGUGAAUUUUAGAAAUGCAAAAGAGGAUCACUCUAUCUCUCCCAUAGCCCAAUAUCAAGUCUGUUCAGUUCAAAAUAACCCAGACAGUUUUUAUUCGGUUUUGGUUCAUUGAAUAUUUUGUCUUCUCUCUACUUCUCCGUCUUUUACUAAUGCCGAUAUUCGUCGAUUUUCAUUAUCACACAUGAAAAGGAAGGAAGAACACAGAAAAUUAAAGAAUACGAUGAUGGGUAAUCAAUUGAUGCCAAAGGCACGUUGGUGGAUGACCUUCUACGAUUUUAUUUCGUUUACUGUCUUUCUUCUUAAUGAUAAAAAUAGAAAGAGGAAGUCUCGAAUAGUUUGAUAAUCACACUUAACACUUUUGAUUGAUUUAAUUUGCAGAGCGAUUGGUUGUAUACAUAUAUUCUCUGAUGAGGUUUUUGUUGGUUUCAGGAGUAUUUCUGGCUUAUGUCGCACCUAGUUUGCAACAGUGUUUCGAUAGCGACGGAGCAUGUGCAUCGUGGGUUGCUUCGGAUCGAGGUUCAUGUCAAAGAAAAGAGUACAUCAAGAAAAACUGUCGAAAAAGUUGCGGAAAUUGUCCUCGCUAUGAGUUAAAAUUCGAUACUCGUCGCUUGAAUCCACAACUUCAACCUAUUCACCAAUUGGUGGGACGAUGGAAGGGUGAACAUACCGGAAAAGUUACAUUUCCAACAAUUCCAACUUUCAAAUACACAGAGGAAGUCGAAAUUUCAAUUCCUGAAGGAAGCAAUAUUCGAUCACUCAAUUACACUGCCGCCGCUUGGUCUAGUGAUAAAGAAGAUCUUCACCGCGAAUCGGGUUACAUCAUCAUUAAACCAAACACUCGUGAAGUUAUUUUGACAACAGUCAUGUCCAAUGGUUUCAUUACUGUUGAGGAAGGUUCAAUGGUUGGAAACAACAUUAAAUUUAUGCUCAAAGAUAUCGGAAGAAUCAGCUUUGUAAGAGAUGAACAUCUCCAUAAUCUAAUUCGCGAAUGGACCCUGGAUAAUGGUUACCUUCGAGCCCGUCUCAGUAUUCAAACGUUAUCUCAUAGAAUGCAGGAACACACUUCAAUAUUAUACACAAAAACUUCAGUAUAAAUAAAAAUAGAAAACGAUUGUUUUAAAACUUUUCAAAAAGUGCAAAAUAAAAAGAAUGCUUUGUAAU